UUUUCCCCUCCCAGGCGACGUCCGAUGGGUGUGUCGGGCAGGAGGUGAUAUUUGACGGGCUGCGGGCGCGGGCGAGCUGCCGCGAGCCAGGGGCGCCGAGCAGGGCAGCGAGCAUGGCCUCCCGCGACCCGCCCGCCACCACCUACGCCCAGCCCGACGCGCCCUCGGGGGUCGCGGUCUUCCUCACCAUCCCCUACGCCUUCAUCCUGCCCGAGCUGGUAUUUGGCUUCUGGGUCUGGAUCCUGGUGGCUGCCACCCAGGUCGCAAGCCCGCUGCUGCAAGGAUGGGUGAUGUAUGUGUCGCUCACCUCCUUCCUCAUCUCCCUGCUGCUCCUCUUGUCUUACCUGGUUGGAUUUUAUAAAAGAUCCGAGUCCUGGAAAGUUCUGGACAGCCUGUACCACGGGACCACGGCCAUCCUGUACAUGAGCGCCGCCGUCUUACAAGCGAACGCCACGAUCGUUUCUGAGUACCAGAACGUGAGCCACUACUACAUCAACACGGCAGCCUCGUUCUUCGCCUUCCUCACCACGCUGCUGUACAUCCUCCACGCCUUCAGCAUCUACUACCACUGACGCUGCGGGGCCGCGCCAAGGGGACGCGCCCCUCUGAAGCCCGGAUCGUGGGCCCCUCGAAGCAGCUUCCAACAUUUGCCUUCUGAAUGACGAGCGGAAGACCCAUGGAGACGUCCGUGGGACUAACAGACCACCUGAGUCUGAGCCAUGAUACCACACUUGGCAUAUUUGUUUGGACAUUUUAAUUCACUAUGAUAAAUAUGAAAAAACUAUUAUUUUUCUUUUUCCUGGAAAAGCAAUUGUCACUAGGAAUUGCCUGACCCUGCUAGCUCUUCUAGAAAACCCACGUCGAAGCCCUCGCCGUUGAGAAUCCCAACCCCACUGCUGCCCCAUCUGUUUGGGGAUUUUGCCUCGGCGGUGCGGUUCCCUAUGGCAGCUUCAGGGGAACGUUCAGUCUGAUUUUCUUAAACCGGAAAAGGUGCCUUGGAGGCCUUCAGAUCCGGUGCAGAUGCGCAGACCUUGUUCCUGUUCCUCGGUUCUGCCUCUGCCGCGGAGCGGAGGUCCACAGUCCCUGGGGAAGUGGACAGGGACACGCUACCCUGCCCACCUCCUUCCUCAUCCUCCUCCCCUUUUCUCCCAAGCAUUGAGGUCCAAGGAAGAUCUGCAUGAAACCAGCUUUCAGGGUAGAUUUGUGGAGAAAAUAAGUGAUUGACUCUACAAAAUCAUUAUACAGUAAGACCCGGGGUGGGUGGGGGAGGGGAGGGAAGGGUUUCUCCACCUGUCAGGUGACUCAGAGAACUGUGCGGCUGCAGCGCGCCCUGCCCGGGCUCCAGGACCCCACCCGCCAAGGACUAGAAGCUGAGUCAUCCCUCAGAAAAGACCCUCAGGUGAACGAGGCCGAAUGUCACAUCCACAGAUUCUCCUGCCACAACCACACGGGAGGGAAAAGCUGCUGCAUGGCCUCAGGGGGCAGCGAAAGGACCCCUGUCCCUGGGACUGUGCUCAUCUGCGCACACUCACUCCUCUUGCAUCUGCUUAGGUGCUACUCAGUUCAAGGCCCUGAGGACCUGUGGUGCCGCUGGGUGGGGCCAGGGCCCUCAGCUGGGCUCGAAAGGCAUUUGCACUUUGGGCCCAUUCGUAAAGAAAAGGCCGGCUGUGCACACAGAAAUGUCAAAUCGAGGUGCUUGGUUGGUUUCAGAGUAGAUGCUUUUCAGAAGAGAGCUGUGCCCUUCUGCUGAGCCAGGCGCGCAGGGCCCGACCCCGUAACUGCAGGUGCUGCUGUCGCUUGGAAUGAAAUAAAUUAUGACAUGAAAGGGAAUUAUUUUAACUGAAUCUGGGGCUUAUAGUUUUGUAUCAACUGCUUUCCACUCCUGGGGAGAGGGGACUCCAGGAACCACAGAAAAGAACUGGCUUCACUGUUGUUUGCCACUCACUUUCCAAUUGCCUUGAUGUCUUGGAAAGCCACCAUUAAUCUUUCAUUUUGUUGCUGGCAGCUGUCUGGGGUCAUCACUGUUUAAUAUAUACCAAGUAGCCACAUGCAAAUAAAAGUCAU